AUUAAAGCCUUGUCUCCGCUGCUCAGACAGUUGUGCAUCCAUUGAAAGAGCUGCUGCUUUGAAAACUCCAGACGUGCCAGAACUCCAGACUUAUUGUUACAGACGCCAUGGAGAAAGGAAAGCGUGCAGGAGAAGAUCAGUUCCAGAGAGAGGAGAAGCGCGCAAGAGGAAACCAUCCGAUAAACCAAGAGAACUUCCAGAGUCCUCAGCACCCACCAUACCAGGGCACAGGACCUCAGGAACCCACGAAGGUUUUUAAUGACCCCAUCCACGGCCAUAUUGAGCUCCAUCCUUUGCUGGUUCGCAUCAUUGACACUCCUCAGUUCCAGAGGCUGCGGCACAUCAAGCAGCUUGGAGGAAAGUACCUGGUGUUUCCUGGAGCUUCGCACAACCGCUUUGAACACUCAAUAGGGGUCGGGCAUUUAGCAGGUUGCCUCGUUCGAGCUCUGAAUGAGAGACAGCCUGAGCUCGGCAUAAACAAACAAGACAUCCUGUGUGUUGAGAUCGCAGGAUUGUGCCAUGAUUUAGGCCAUGGUCCGUUCUCUCAUCUCUUUGAUGGCAUGUUUAUCCCUGAAGUCCGGCCAGGGAUAAAAUGGAAGCAUGAGAACGCCUCAGUGCAGAUGUUUGACCACCUGGUGGAGGUGAAUAAUCUGAAGCCUGAGAUGGAGAAAUAUAACCUUACACCAAAUGACCUCAUCUUCAUCAAAGAGCAAAUCGAAGGGCCUCAGGACGACGUCGCCUCUGGCAGUAAGGGGCUGUACAAAGGCAGAUCAGAGGAGAAGUCUUUUUUGUAUGAGAUUGUGUCAAAUAAAAAAAACAGCAUCGACGUCGACAAGUGGGACUAUAUGGCAAGAGACUGCCACCACCUGGGCAUGCAGAGCAUUUUUGACCACUGCCGGUUCCUUAAGUUUGCCCGAGUGUGUGAAGUGGAUGGAACGAAGCACAUCUGUAGCAGAGACAAGGAAGUAGGUAACUUAUACGACAUGUUUUACAUGCGGCACUGCCUCCAUCGCAAGGCCUAUCAGCACAAAGUGGCUAACAUCAUCGAGUUUAUGAUAACAGAAGCCUUGGUGAAGGCAGAUCCUCACAUUGAGAUCGAGGGAUCUAAAGGAAAGAUGUUCAAAAUGUCAGAAGCUAUCGAGGACAUGGAGGCUUACACCAAGCUCACAGACCACAUCUUUGAGCAGAUCUUGUACUCCUCCAACCCUAAUCUGACUGAAGCUAAGACAAUCCUCCAGAAGAUCAUCUGCAGACAACUGUACAAAUGUGUGGGACAAAUCAAAGCUGAGACAAACCUUGAGAGUUCACAGAAAAGGCUGAAAGAAUAUUCCGAUGAGGUGGCUAAGGCUAAACAACGCAGCAGUGAUGUGGAUCUAAAGUCUGAAGACUUUAUAGUUAGGGUUGUUCAACUGAACUAUGGGCAUAAGGAUAAAAAUCCCAUUGAUGAAGUCUAUUUCUACUCUAAGAAGGACCCAGCCAUACCCAUCAAGAUCAAGAAGAACGAGGUCUCCAAUAUGCGGCCAGAGAGAUUUGAGGAGCAGCUGAUCAGAGCUUACUGCAAGAAAACUGACAAGAAGAGUUUAGAGGCUGCCAAGGAACAAUUUGGGCAGUGGUGCUUGGAGAAAAAGCUCUCCAAACCUCUGGAUGGUGACGUCAUGGCACCAGAACUCAUUGACCAGGACUGGCUCAUUGCUGAUGACGCUCAAAGUGGAAGCCAAAAGCCAUGCAGUAAUCAACAAAUGACAGCUUUUUACAAGAUAACAAAGAAACAGAAAGAAAAGAAAAGCAAGUGACUGUGUGAUUAAAUGUACUUGCAUUUCUUCUGUUUUUAUUUUAUUUUCUCUUUCUUGGUACCUUUUAAUCAGAUUGUGUACAGAAUGGACAGAAUAUAGUCAAGUCCUUAAGAAUUUGGACAGUGACAAAAUUUUUGCAAUUCUGCUUCUGUACACCACCACAAUGGAUUUGGAAUGAAACAGCAAAGAUGUGACUAAAGUAUAGACUUUCAGCUCUAAUUUGAGGGGUUUAACAAAAUAUUGCUUCAGUGGUUUAGGAAUUACACCCAUUUUUUACAUAGUCGCUGUGCAAAUACUUAUGGCCAUGACUGUAUUGCAUUUUAUUGUGUCUUUCCAGUUUUUUUUCCUUUUAAAUCCUUACAUGCCAUUUCUUUUUAUUCAAAUUAAUAAUCUGGUACGUUUGGACUCUGCUGCCAGUAUGUUUUCUUUUCACCUCCUAUAAAAUGCUUAUAGUUGGACCAGUGUGUUUAAGAGAUGAGUAUAUACAAUAGUGUAGCUUUUCACCUUGAAUGAGAGAGUCAGAUUCUACAAAUGGAAAUUUCUAGUUAUAUCUGUACCAUUUCAAACAUGUUUCCACAAUAAAGCAACAUAUGGCAACUCGA